ACGCCCCGUCCCCGCAGCUCUAUGGCCGGAAGGUGGACUCUCUGGGCUCCCCGUGACAGGAAGUGGCGGGGCGGGGCCUCCCCGGCCUCUGGCGGCGGCGCUGAUUGGCUGGCGCUCCGGUUUGAACGCAGAGGCGGCGGCGGCUCGGUCGAGACGAGAAAGAGGGAGAAAGCCUGGAGGCGGGUUUGACCUCUCAUCAUGGCUCCAAAGAAGAGGACCACACGAUGUACCAAUAAGAAUUCUGUGAAAAGCAAAAAGGUGGAUGCGUUUCUAAAGGAUUUUGACCAGGAAGUCAAGACACGGGUUGACCGGAUCAGGGCGGAAGGCGAGAUCCUUCUGAAGGAGAUCAGCACCCUCUACAACAUGGAAGUCCUCCGCCUCCCGACGGCCCUGAGGGACAUGAACUGGCUCACCUACCAUGCUCUCGGUGGAAGCGAAAAGGCCCUGGAGCAGGCAGCCUCGGUGGACUUGGACAUCCUGGAGAUUACCAAGGCGGCGUCUGAAGCUGUGCAGACUCCUCUCAAAACCCUCCGGAAAGCUAAGAAAGUGAAGAAGGCGGUUGAGACCAUAGAAGAAGGAGAAGAGGAGAUGGACGCCCCACGCCUGCCUGCGGGGAAGAGGUUCCGGCAGGAGGGCGGCAUUUCGGGGGCAGCAGAGCCAGUGCCUGUGGCAGCCCAUCCUCGCCACAAACUGGAGAAGGCCAAGAGCGGCACCAAGAAGGCCCCGGCUCCCAAGAGGAGCAGGCCUCCCUCGGCCCGGCCCAUUCGCCUCAGUAAAAGGCUGAUGAGCAAAGCAAGCUUUGACACUCUGGCCAGCCAGGGAGCCCAGCCUGCCCCCACCGGCACGGCCUUUGCCACAAAGUUUGAUUCCAGCGUGUUCAAGACCCCCGGCCUGCGGGCCCCUGCCGCUCACGAGCGCGUCUUCAGCAUCUCUGCCAACGGGAGCCCUCUGGCCGACAGCAACGACAUCUUCAUCACUGUCCCCCUCAGCGGAGGGGAGAGCCUCCGCCUGAGAGCCAGCGAGCUCUCCAAGCACAACUUGCUGCACCUGAGCCAGGACGCCCUGGGCAGCGUGAAGAAGCUCUCGGCUCAGCUGGUGACUCUCUGCGGCAGCCUCAAGAGCCAGAAGUGAGGACGGCCAUCUCCACCCGCCGGGCCACUCCGGGCCUCCGCGGCUCUUCGUUGUCUCUGCUUGUUUCUAAGUACUGGUUGGGAAUAAAGGCUUUGGGGUUGCGUGCAAAGCACCCGGCUGGCGAUUCCUUGCCUGGAGCUCCUGCCCUCCGGACUGCUGCGCUUUCUCCUCUCUGCAGAUCACAGCAGGCAGCACAAAGACCGGCCUCUCCCGGCGGAGGCCUUCCUGCCCCGGAGCCUUGGAGACCCCUCUUCUCAGCCUGGCUUUGCAUUUCGCCUGGUUUUCCUCUUCAUGAGCUGUAAUCUGGUUUCAGUGUUUUCUGUCUUCGGGUAGACUGCCCUGAGCCCCUUUAGCAAGCUGGUGGAUGUACACAGAACUAAAAAAGGAAAUAAACGCUUUUAGAAGAUCAUGGGUGACAGCA